AUGUCGUUGGAAGAUGACGUACCAAUUGUGCUACCAGAAGAUGAUGACUUUAGCGCAGUAGAACGGAACAGUCAUAGCUUACUGGGUAGAUUUCUCAACCCUCCGUGUCAGAAUAUGUCAAGAAUGCUCCGUCAGAUGCCGAAGAUCUGGAAGGUGUAUGAUCGGGUUCGUGGAAUCGCCUUGACAAGGGAGAGCUUUCAGUUCAUAUUUGAACUGGAAUCGGAUAUACAAACGGUGCUGAAACAAGGUUUUUGGACCUUUGAUGAUUGGGGGAUGGCGCUUGAUAGAUGGGUGGAAUGCCCUCCCAGCAAUUUCCUACAAACUGCGCCAGUAUGGCUCAGGAUUUCUAAUAUCCCAGUUAACUAUUUCACAAUUAAAACCAUUGAUGCGGUAGCUGGGGCCAUUGGUUAUGUGAAAGAGAUUGAAUGGGACCCUGAGAAACCUCUAUUACAGAACUAUGUUAGAGUUCAAGUAGUGUUAGACCUCAACCUCCCAGUGCGUGAGAAGAAGAGCUUAACACUACCAAAAGGAGGUGGCACUGCUAUGAUAGACGUGGAGUACGAGAGGAUCAGGAAAAAGUGCUUUCACUGCUUCAGACUAUCACAUGAGAAACAAGUGUGUCCUGUCCUUAAAGGCACACGAACGGGGAACGGUAAAUGA